ACGAUCGGAACGAGCAAGGGAAGACGAAAGACCGGUUCCGCUCUCACGAUGACGGAGCGCGAACAGAAUGCGAUGUUUGCGCGCGUAGCGUCGGCGUUUUUUUACGGUCUGUCGUCGUUCAUGAUCACGGUUGUCAACAAGACCGUGCUCACGUCGUUCGCCUUCCCGUCCUUCCAAGUGUUAGGAAUUGGUCAGAUGUUCGCGACGAUACUGGUGCUGUUCGUCGCGAAGAAGCUGCGCUACGUCGAAUACCCCAACUUGGAAGCGGCGACGUUCACCAAGAUCUGGCCGCUGCCGUUGAUAUACAUCGGCAACAUGAUAUUCGGAUUAGGCGGCACAAAACAACUGAGUCUGCCGAUGUUCACCGCCCUGAGACGAUUCAGUAUCCUCAUGACGAUGAUCGCCGAGUAUUACAUUCUGGGCGUCAAGGCGCGCAUGUCGAUACAACUGAGUGUUUACACCAUGAUCCUGGGCGCGGUGCUGGCUGCGCUGAACGAUCUCGCCUUCAAUCUAGAAGGCUACAUCUUUAUUCUGUUUAAUGACUUUUUUACCGCUGCUAACGGUGUGUAUGUGAAGAAGAAAUUAGAUUCCAAGGAAUUGGGAAAGUACGGACUGAUGUAUUACAAUUCUCUGUUUAUGCUCGGUCCGAGCAUUUUGUUGGCCUGGUGGACGGGCGACAUCGUCGCGACGUUGGAAUUCCCCGAUUGGACGAAUCUGUUGUUUAUUUUCCAGUUUUUAUUGUCGUGCAUAAUGGGCUUCGUACUGUUGUACAGUAUGCUACUUUGCACACUGUACAACUCAGCGCUGACCACCACCAUAAUCGGAUGUUUGAAAAACAUCUGCGUGACAUAUCUCGGCAUGGUCAUAGGCGGUGAUUACAUAUUCUCGUGGUUGAAUUUCGUAGGUUUGAAUUUAAGUGUGAUAGGUAGCUUGGUCUAUACCUGGGUGACAUUUCGCAAAAGAGAGACUCUGCAGCCAAAAUACGCUUUGUUGACUGAAACUCAGACCAGCAAUUUCGCGACAACCCCGGCGAAAUGCGAGGCGUUUCUGGAGGAUUACGCCAAGAAUCACAUAUCGUUAUCUCUUCUGCAGCGUGCAAUUCUCACAGUGGGCUCGGCAACCUUGUCGUUGACGAAUCCGUUUCGUGGCGAUAUGAUAGCGUGUCUUGGAGAAACUACCGGUGCAAAUGCUCUAGCGCAUUGUCAUCAACAGAUGAAGAGCACGGCCGAGGGUCAGCGUAUACUCGAGCAAAAACCACGCGUAAACACAUCCACCGUCGAUCUUUCCUACCUCAAGGAUCUGGCGCCGGGAACCGUGGGCAGAACGUACCGCGAGUUCUUGGAUAACAAUAAAGUAUCACCUGACGACCGAGCAGCGGUGCAAUUUGUUGACGAUGUCGAACUGGCGUACGUGAUGCAACGAUAUCGGGAGGUGCAUGACAUUUUUCACGCUAUGCUCUUAAUGCCAACGACAAUGUUGGGAGAGGUGACGGUCAAGUGGGUGGAGGCUCUACAGACGCGUUUACCGAUGUGCAUAGCGGGUGCGAUAUUCGGUGCCAGUAGACUGCGUUCUAGACAAAGAGAAUUGUACUUGAAUCACCAUCUCCCGUGGGGUAUAAAUACAGCGUUGAACGCAAAGUUCUUACUAGGUAUCUAUUACGAGGAACGCUGGGAGCAGUCUCUUGAAGAUUUCCACAGAGAGAUGAACAUCACGCGUCUCGUAUAACAAUUUCUCUAGUCCCGCAAAACGCGUAUGUUAAAUUUAUAAUAAGAAUUAAUAUCUAUAUUAUUAUUUGAAGAAUGUAAUUUUUAACUUUUUUGCCGAUAAUAAACAAAAAGCUUUACUGUUCAUGCGUCUUAAAAAUGUUUACUUCACAGAAGUAACAAACUCUCUCUGGUUUUCAUCAAAUUAAUUCUGGUACACGCAAAUCCUGUGUUUUUUAACUUUUCGUAGUCAGACGUGGGUCUCCCAGACCCGCUCAGAAGUUGCACAUCGGCGUUUCUAGAAAAAAUUAGUUUUUUUCUUAAACGCUUACAUCUUCGAAAGUACUAGAGAUUUGUUCAAUUUGUUUUUUCUUUUU